AUGUGGAAUAAAGAUGAUUUUCGCUGGCAUCGCACAAAUCGCAUCCAGAUUGUACACCGUUUGUUUUUUAAAGGGAGUGCUUUGACCAUUUACGGGAUCGCUUGCGGAUGCCACUUUUUCAAGCUACAGUAUAAUGAGCGUACAAAUCAAAUGGAGGAAACCCGAUACCAUCGAAUAUGGUCCAAGAUUGUAGUUGCCAUUAAGGUAAUCCUACUGACCAGCCAAUAUCGACUCUACUUUGCACUCGUGGUGGCCAUAUACAUCGUCACCAGUAUGGUUUAUGGCAGCACUGCACAAAACUUUGUAAUGAGUAUUCUAAUGCAGGGCAUAAGUAUUAACGUUUUGCGGCGCUUGGUCAUCUUUCUGCACUCAAAAAAGGAUCGGAGGUUUGUGAAGCAUACAGUAAACGAGAUCCUGCAAAUCACCAGCGUGAUCGAUCAAAAAAUCGGUAUGGUAUACAGCUGCGAUCCAGUACUGCUUGGAGUUUAUUUGUGCAAACUGUGGGUUCUCUACAUCCUGCUGGAUUCGCUCUGGAACAAGUCCUACUUCUUGCUGUUCAACUUUCUCUACUGGGUGCUGCUGGAGUACUGCUUCGCAGGAUAUUUUAUAUACCAGCUAAUCAUGCUUAACUGGUAUCGCACUAUUAUCCUGUUUCUAAAGCGAUUCAUCGAGUGUAACGAGAAUCGGCAGGACAUUCAGGGCAGCUACCACAGGCGUUUGUUCCUGCUCUUUCAGCUGCAUCUUCGCAUCAAUCGCUUGCACAAAUGCAUUAAGGAAAACCUGUCCUGGCUGACAUCCUCUAUUUACCUGAUGAUCUUCACCUGCAUCUUCAACAUGGAACUUCUUUUGGAGUGCAGUCUUUUUGCAGAGGAUGACCUUGAGAACAAGAUGUACAUCAUUGCGGACGGGUGUUUGGGGCCCGUGUUUAUUCCGAUCCUCUAUGUGCUGAUCUUGGGAAUGUGCACUGACCGAUUUCGCGAAGCCGAGUUGCAACUACAGCAGCACAUUGUAAUCAUUCAUGGCUUGUAUAUGAGAAAAGUAAAGCCACGUCUUUUAGCCAUAAUGGUACUCGACAACGAGCAUACCUCCCUCAUCCUUCACCAGAAACUGGAACCGCUCCAGAAUCGGAUCAUUCUGGGCACCACUUGCGAUCGCCAGUUUGUCCUGGACUAUAUCCUUACAGUGAUUCUGACAGCAUUAUCUCUUAUACAGUACACUAUAUCAUGUGGCCAAUCGAUCAAGGAAUGUGUCACACAUAAGUAG